GUACGGGCGUGUGGCUUGUAUGCACGGUUAUCGCUCGACAUGUCGACAGUGUGCGGCUCCCCGCUCUGACAGUUCGCGCUUAUCGAAACCGAGAAAGCACCUUGCGUCGACUCCCUACUGCAGAGUGAUACCACUGGCGACUGCGAUAAGCGUUCCCUGCUCUUAUCGUUUGAUGCACUUCGUGUGUCCAUUGUAAGCUGUGAUUAGCGCAGCGUAUGUCUCUGCUUUAUAGUGUGUUCUGUUAAGACAAUGAGGUGUAUUCAUAAUAGCGAUUAUUGUGGAAUGUGUGAAAACCGAACGCUUGCUGUGCCAUGCACUUUCGGCCACGGAUAACGUGCGAAAUAGAGCGAGGGAGGAUCUUCGGAGAAGACAUCUUCGGCGCUAAACAUGUCGGCCUUGCGUGAUGACCCUGAUGUGACCGAUCAAGUGAAAUGCUUGGAGACCCUGGCGAGGGAAGAGCUGGGUGAAACACCGGAAGUGAAACGAAGAUGCCUGGCGGAGUUACGGCAACUUCUUGAAGGUGAGGAGAACUUGCGACUACCUCAAGACGAUGCAUUCCUGCUCAUGUUUCUCCGAGCCCGCAAAUACCGAGUCAAAGACGCACUCAAGAGGAUCAAAAACUACUUUCGCAUUCGCAAGGACGUUCCCGAGUAUUUUGAAAAUCUCACACCAUCCAGCAUUCCGUACCAGACAGUGUGCUAUGAACACAAUCUGAUUUUGUCAUCGAAAAAGCGAGAUCCUCUGCGCAGAGCUGCAGGAUAUCUUAGGUUCGGAGCUUGGAAUAGUGGCAUAUGUUCAAUGGACGAGCUCAUCAGGUGCCUAUUGGUGGCCACCGAAUGCAACCUCCUCUCAGAAGAGACACAGAUUCGGGGUGCUGUGGCUAUCAUAGACAUGGAAGGCUUCAGUAUGCACCAUCUCCUCGUGCUAUCACCGUGGUUUCUUCGUCGAGCACUCACUAUCAUAGAGGAUACUCUCCCAGUCCGCAUCAAGGGAUUUUACUUUGUAAACACACCAACCAUCUUCAGUAUUGCUUACACUCUCAUCAAGUCACUCAUGUCAGCGAAAUUAAGGAAAAGGGUUCGACUACUUGGAAGCGACUUCUCGGCUCUGCACGACAUUCUUCCUUCCGACAUCAUACCAAAAGAGUGCAGCGGAGAGCGGGAGGACUUCGACUACCACAGACAGGAGAAAUUCUUCCUCAGCAACGCAAGACAUUUUGAACAAAUGAGUCAGUUUGGCUACUCGUCAACGUAA